AUGGUCAAUAAAGUGCUGGCAGCCUUUGUGGCUGUCGACGGGUUGUUUGCGAUCAUGGGCGCCAUCAUGAUGGGAUUUUCCGUUAUUGUUCUCAACACUUGCUUCAACCCACCGACGGAAGGCAACGAGGCGGCGCGCGAUCUGCUGUAUCAAAGAUUCCCAUUGACAGCUGGUAUCGCAAACGCUGCCUUCACCUUGUUCAUCUUCUUGGUGACCCUUCCCGCCCUGUCUACUCCUGCUCGAGGAUGGUUAAAAUUCGCCGGCUAUCUGGUGGUCAUUGAUGCUGUAUUUACCAUGAUCAUUGGUCUGGACCUUUGGAUCAUUACUCUCAAGACGCGCCAGGAGUUCUUCGACAUCUGGGUUUCCCAGAAUGCCGACGUCCAAUCACUUCUCCAGACAGAGUUCCAAUGCUGCGGAUACUUUAACAGCACUUCUCCAGCUUUCGUUACCGAUGUUACCUGCCCGAGUCCUGCCGCGGCUGCUCUGAUCAAGGGAUGUGCCUCACCACUCACCUCGUUCACGAAUGUCUUUGUCGACAAUAUCUUCACGGCCGUGUUUGGUAUGGUUGGAAUCGACGUUGCCAUGGUCAUGGCCAUCGCCUGCCUCGUCAAGGACCGCAAGGAGCGCGAGAGAUUCCGCUACAUCGAUGAGAAGAAUGGUGUUAAGGGUGGCUUUUAA